AGUUAUACUUGUUAUUCCACUCGCACACGAACCAUUACACUCGAUAUAGAAAGUCAACCACAACCACAACUACUACACGGCCAUGUCGUCCUCCGAAGAAUUAGAUCUCCCCGAUGCCCCGCCCGUCAUUGACCCCGCAUCGGACGAUGAUGGCAGUGAUGAUGUCAAGGUCAAGCCGGAACCAGCACCGUCGUCUCCACCCGCCGCCGCCGGCGACAACAAGAAGGCCAUCGAGAGGAUCUUCGACGACGACUCGGACGCUGAGGGAAAGAAGGAUGUCAAGGUCAAACCACAACUCGAGGACUCCGACGAUGAGGAUUACGGUGAUCUUCCGGAUGCGGAUCUAUUCGAGUCUGAGGCAUUGGCGGAAGUGCCCUCAAGGUCAACAGAUUACUCAGAUCCACAAGUGAUGUAUGCGUUCUACCAGCGUCUCUUCCCGUGGCGGAUCCUCUUCCAAUGGCUCAACCACUCACCAAUCCCCACGCACGACUUCGGCCACCGGGAAUUCGCCUUCACCCUGCAGAACAGCGCGUACCUGCGCUACCAAUCGUUCCCGACCUUCGAGACGUUACGCAAAGACGUUCUGAAGCUCAACCCAAGCCGAUUCGAGAUCGGCCCGGUGUACAGUGCGAAUCCGCGCGACCGCAAGUCGUUACGCAAAGCCGCAUUCAAGCCUAUAGCGAAGGAAUUGGUCUUCGAUAUCGAUUUGACGGACUACGAUGAUGUUCGCACGUGCUGCGAUAAGGCGAAUAUCUGCAAUAAGUGCUGGCAGUUCAUCACCGUGGCUAUAAAGAUCAUGGAUGUCGCGCUCAGGGACGAUUUUGGGUUCAAGCACAUCAUGUGGGUGUACUCCGGGCGGAGAGGUGCGCACGCCUGGGUGUGCGAUAGGAGGGCGAGGGAGAUGGAUGAUCAGAAGAGGAGGUCGAUUGCGUCGUAUCUGGAGGUGGUUAGGGGUGGUGAUAAGUCCGGGAAGAAGGUGAAUCUGCGCAGGCCGCUGCAUCCGCAUCUGGCCAGGAGUAUGGAGGUGCUCCGUGACUCGUUCGGUCAGAAUAUCCUGCGGGAUCAGGAUCCGUGGCGGGAGAACGAUAGGGCGGAGAAGCUGCUCGACCUUCUUCCCGACAAGACGCUCGUUGCUGAGCUCCGGAAAAAAUGGAAUUCACUUCCUGGCCGCUCCUCGACCGCGAAGUGGAACGAUAUCGACGCACAGGCCAAAAGCGCCAGUAAAACCCUGGACACACAGAAGCUCCUCACGUCGAAGCAGGACAUCGUGUUCGAAUACCUCUACCCCCGGCUCGAUGCCGAAGUCUCCAAGCACCUCAACCAUUUGCUGAAGUCUCCAUUCGUCGUGCACCCGGGCACGGGCAGGGUGUGUGUCCCCAUCGACUCCAAGCGUCCAGAAGAUUUCGAUCCGCUGGCGGUCCCAACUGUUACCAGUCUGCUCAAGGAAAUCGAUGAGUGGAAUGGUAAUCAUAAGGAAGACGGCGAAAAGGGCGCCGAGGAGAAGAUUCCGGAUUAUGAAAAGACUAGCUUAAAGCCGUAUGUCGAGUACUUCCGACGAUUCGUGGCAGGCAUCGUCAAGGAGGAGUCGAAGGAGAAGGUUAAUCUUAAGCGGGAGAGGAGCGCGGUGGAUGCUAUGGAAUAUUAGGGCGUCUUCUUUUUUGGUUGUUUGUGGUUCUGUUCUAUCUAGGCUUAAUGAAUGAUGCUCCGGUGGUGGAACGUGAGCGCGUGAACAAGGU